AUGUCAAGUACAUCACUAUUCAAAUGGAUGGGUCUGGGUCAGCAGUCUGGAGGUGGACAUGGAGCAAAGCCAGCUAUUGACAACGAUGCUAUUGAUGAAGGCGAACGCUAUUUUGGUUUAGAAAAUUUUGGUAAUACUUGCUAUAGCAACUCGGUAGUUCAAGCUCUUUAUUUCUGUAAACCAUUUCGACAAUGCGUAUUGAACUUUCCACAAGUCAGCACUGCUCAGCUUUUUACACCGCAGUCGACACAUCCUAAUUCUCCUAUGAGCAAUGGGCACUCAUACUUUCCUACAACAAGCUCAUCUACCACCUCCUGCUCAUCUCCUGCCCUGAAUGGAAAAAGCGGGACCAGCACACCAAACAGAGAAAAUCCCAACAAACGCUCAAGCGUAGCAACUCCUGGCGCUCAACCUGCUGCUAUUGAGAAGGAUCAAAACAACAUGAACUUGGCACCUGGGAUGGAAGACACACUUUUCUCUUCGCUUAAAGAUUUGUUUUGGAAAAUAUCUCAGAAUAAGAAGAAGAAUGGUGUAAUUGCACCUGUAAAUUUCAUCAACAAAGUGAAAAAAGAGAAUGAAUUAUUUCGAUCAAGCAUGCACCAAGACGCUCACGAAUUCUUGAAUUACACACUGAACACAAUUGCUGAGGAUGUUCAGAAAUAUCAGCAGAAAGUAGCAGAUGAGAGUGGAGGCAAGCAAGGCAGUAUCAAUAGUGAUAGCCAGACAGACAGCACAGCAGGCACGGGACAAAACCCAAAGAAUACAUGGGUACACCAGCUUUUUGAAGGUGUCUUUUCUAACGAGACAAAGUGUUUAUCUUGUGAAACUGUUACCAGCAGAGACGAAUGUUUCAUGGAUCUGUCGAUCGAUGUUGAAAUGAAUUCAUCCAUCACCUCGUGUUUGAGGCAAUUUUCAGCUAGUGAGACUCUAUGCCACAAGAACAAAUAUUUCUGUGAUGUUUGUUCCGGUCUUCAAGAAGCAGAAAGAAGAAUGAAGAUCAAAAAGCUGCCCAAUAUUUUGGCACUGCAUUUGAAGCGUUUCAAGUAUCAAGAGCAGCUGCAAAAGUACAUCAAGCUUACUUAUAGAGUGGUGUUUCCAUUUGAAUUGAGACUAUUCAACACGAGCGAUGAUACAGAGGAUGCUGAUAGAAUGUACGAGCUUUGGGGUAUUGUGGUGCACAUUGGAAGUGGUCCUCAUCAUGGCCACUAUGUUGCUAUUGUCAAGAGUAAUGGACAAUGGAUGCUUUUUGAUGAUGAUGUGGUGACACAAAUUCAAGAGGAGGAUAUCCAGAAAUAUUUCAGUGAUCUUCCAGGAAGCGGAUCGGGUUAUGUUUUGUUCUACCAAGCGGUUGAUUUGAAUAUGGACGCCAUCAAUAUAGGAUUGGAAACGGCAAAGAAAAUGGAUGAAAGUAAUAAUAAUUAUAGUAACGGCAGGCCAUCAACAUUAUCAUCACAACAUCCUACUACCACCCUUCCCAUGAGUCCUCUUCGACUAGAUAAUAACAAUGAUAACCACUUUAAUCUACAAUCACCCAUACUACGAAGAGAAGAAUAUAAUGAUUUCCCUACACCAGAGUCGACUCCUCCACCUACAUCUACUCAGCAACAACCACAACAAGAGGAAAAGAAGCGUCGCUGGGGUCUAGGUAGCAAAAAGAAGGAUAAAAAAUAA